CUGUUUUGUUUGUUCUGUAUAUCUUCUGCUUCUAGUCAACUAUCGCUCAUCUAAAUCACCUCGUUACGGUUCGUGUCCCUCAUCAUGUUCAUCUUAAAUCUUGUAAAACAUGCUCUCCAGGUGAAAUUCUGCUGAAGAGGAGCAGUAUGAAGUGCUCCAUACCUUUCCCCUAUAACUGACUCUUAUCAGUGAAGUCCUUUAACUGACUAAUUGGUGCUAAGUAAUAUUGACAAAAUCAAUCAUUACAAUAGUUUUCACAGUGUUGCUAGUGUGUCAUUAUUUGAGGAUUUCCUAAGAUGUUUUUUGACAAAACAUGUUGAAGAUCCAGAGGGAGAGGCUAAUAAUCAGGCGUUACGACAUCUCCACCCCCUUUUCACGCCAUCAGCACCGCCCUGACGUCACUGGCAGGAGCUGUCCACGCAGCGGCGGUGCUGAAGCUGAACAAGAUGGCUGUGUGUUGGCGAGCGGAGAGCUGAGACAGAAGGGGGGUGGGAAAGAGUCUCAAAUUUAGAGAGACACGCCAUUAAAACAAAAAGAAGAAGACGGGGGAUUGCGACGCUGGCGUUCACUCUCGAAGUGUGAAGAUUUUAUUUUAUUUUUGUCCGGCGUAACGAGCGCUGCCAGGCCCCGUCUCUGUCAGCGACGGCAGGCUUCUCCACCUCCAAGCCCAACGAUUCCCUCCCAGGCUGUAUAUUGUGCACAGAUUAUUCGCUCGAUAACGGAAGCGGGUGAAGAAGCUGGACCCUGUACUAAAGGCGCAUAUAAGAAAUGUCAUUGCUGUGUGUUGGAGUGAAGAAAGCCAAGCUCGAUGGACCCCAAGAGAAAUUUAACACAUACGUGACCCUGAAGGUGCAGAAUGUUAAGAGCACAACCAUCGCUGUGCGCGGCAUUCAGCCGUGCUGGGAGCAGGACUUCAUGUUUGAAAUAAACCGCCUGGAUCUGGGCCUCACAGUGGAGGUGUGGAAUAAAGGGCUAAUCUGGGACACCAUGGUGGGCACCUUAUGGAUCCCCCUGAGCGACAUACGGCAGUCCAAUGAGGAGGGUCCAGGUCAGUGGCUGACUCUGGACUCCAAUGCGAUCAUGGCUGAGAAUGAGAUCUGUGGAACCAAAGACCCGACCUUUCACAGGCUGCUGCUCGACACCCGCUUUGAACUGCCACUAGACAUUCCCGAGGAAGAGGCGAGAUACUGGGCCAAGAAACUUGAACAACUAAAUGCCAUGAGGGAUCAAGAUUAUGCCGAUCAAGAAGAACAGGAGCGACCUCUCCACGCACCAACCACACAGUGCUGUAAUUGGAGUCUGUGGGGAGAUCAACAAAACGAGGAUCAAGACAGCGCCGUGGAGGACAGGGACAGCGACUACCGCAGCGAGACCAGUAACAGCAUCCCGCCUCCCUACUACACCACCUCGCAGCCCAACGCCUCCAUGCACCAGUAUCCCAUGAGGCAGGAGCAGUACAUACAAUCCUACAACGAAGACAUCCAUGAGCUGAACUACGACCACGGAGCCAUGAGACUCUAUGGUAGUUUAGACUCGGCCACCAACGGGCGCAGCGAUAUCGACUCAGGCUCAGGGUCGAGCCGGCGCACCAGUCGUCAGUAUUCUCUAGACAGUAGGCAUUCACUGUCCGAUAGUCCCACCGACAGUCGUUACGCCUCGUCGGGCGAGUUGAGUCGAGGCAGCUCUCAGCUCAGCGAGGAGUUUGUCGCCAGGGAUGGCGAGAGCUUGCGAGGGUCGGAGUUCUACGAGGAAAACGACUCCUACCACUCCUGCCACUCCUCCGUCAGCUACGGCAAAGAGGAUUCCCCAGGCUGGGAUGGUGAGGACCCCCAAGGUGUCUACAGCGACGAGGGCGGCUACCUCAAAGACGGAGGGGAAGAGGGGGCGCUGUAUGCCGAAGGAGAGGGCGACAUAUACGUGGAGGGAGGCGAGUACAACUACGAGGAUGAGGAGGAGAUACCUUUUGAGGAAGGAGAAGAAAUGUAUCCACUUGAUGGCACUCUCAGCGAAGACCAGGAGCCACCCUACACCCCAACACCCACGAGCGCUGCCCCCACCCUGAUGCCCCCCACUGAUGGUCUGUCCUCCGCCAGGCCACCGCUGGAGAAGCAGGCGACGUUGCAUCAGCAGCGGCCAGCCCAUGAUCAGCUCCAGCCCCCCAGCACAGCUCCCAGUCUACCUCCAGUCAAACAGGACGAUACGUUGCCCCCUUUCAGUGCAGAAUCCACCAAGCCUCCAUUCGCACUCACCCAGCCAGCACUCUCAACCGCCACUACAUCCACCCCAACGACGGCAUUGCAGGUCCCAGCUCCAGGCACUGAGCUCCUGGGGCCUGAACCCAUUUCUGAGGUGCCGCUGGAGGAACCUCGACCUCCCAAGCAGCCUCCAGUGGCAGAGAGUGUCCCUCCAGCUCCUGAAGAGAGAGCAGAGGAGCCACCUGUUUCAAGCUUCCCAAAGAGGGAAAUCAUGCAACCCGGUCAUGCCAGAGCAAAAGCCAACUGGCUUCGGCUUUUCAGCAGAGUACGACUGCAGCUGCAAGAGGCCCGAGGAGAAAGUGUUGGCAUAGCCUCUCUGCUUUUAUCAGCAGGGAUGGGUGGCGCUCUGUAUAGCAUUGACAGUAUGCCAGACCUCAGGAAGAGGAAAGCUAUGCCUCUCGUCAGAGAUCUGGCUAUGUCCUUGGUUCAGAACUCCAGGAAGGCUGGCAUCACCUCGGCCCUGACGUCCAGCACCCUGCAUAACGAAGAACUGAAGAGCCAUGUCUACAAGAAGACCCUCCAGGCCCUCAUUUAUCCCAUCUCCUGCACCACGCCACACAAUUUUGAGGUGUGGACAGCCACCACGCCCACUUACUGCUACGAGUGUGAGGGACUGCUGUGGGGCAUUGCCCGCCAGGGCAUGCGCUGUACCGAGUGUGGAGUCAAAUGCCACGAGAAGUGCCAAGAUCUACUCAAUGCUGAUUGUCUGCAAAGAGCCGCAGAGAAGAGCUCCAAACAUGGCGCGGAGGACCGAACCCAGAACAUCAUCAUGGUUCUUAAAGACCGCAUGAAGAUCCGCGAGAGGAACAAACCAGAGAUUUUCGAACUCAUCCAGGAGGUGUUCGCCGCCCCCAAGUCCACCCACGUCACCCACAUGAAGCAGAUCAAACAGAGCGUGCUCGACGGCACCUCUAAAUGGUCGGCCAAGAUCUGCAUCACAGUGUUGUGUGCCCAGGGUCUACAAGCCAAGGAUAAAACCGGGUCCAGUGAUCCUUAUGUCACCGUCCAGGUGGGAAAGACAAAAAAGAGGACCAAGACCAUCUACGGCAACCUCAACCCUGUCUGGGAGGAGACGUUUAACUUUGAAUGUCACAACUCCUCAGACCGCAUCAAGGUGCGAGUGUGGGACGAGGACGACGACAUUAAGUCUCGCGUAAAGCAGAAGUUCAAACGGGAGUCGGACGACUUCCUCGGUCAAACCAUCAUCGAGGUCCGCACUCUGAGCGGAGAGAUGGACGUCUGGUACAAUCUGGACAAGCGUACAGACAAAUCCGCCGUGUCUGGAGCUAUCCGCAUGCACAUUAAUGUAGAGAUCAAAGGAGAGGAGACGGUCGCCCCCUAUCACGUUCAGUACACCUGUUUGCAUGAAAACCUCUUCCACUAUGUGACAGAUAUCCAGAACAACGGUGUGGUGAAGAUCCCCGAUGCCAAAGGGGAUGACGCAUGGAAGGUCUACUUUGAGGAGACUCCCCAGGAGAUUGUAGAUGAGUUUGCCAUGCGUUAUGGAGUGGAGUCCAUCUACCAAGCCAUGACUCACUUUGCCUGCCUUUCAUCUAAGUACAUGUGCCCAGGUGUGCCUGCAGUGAUGAGUACCCUACUGGCUAACAUCAAUGCCUACUACGCUCACACCACCCAGGCAACUAACAACGUCUCUGCCUCAGACCGCUUUGCUGCUUCUAACUUUGGGAAAGAGCGAUUUGUCAAGCUUCUAGACCAGCUUCACAACUCUCUGAGGAUCGACCUGUCCAUGUACCGAAACAACUUCCCUGCCAGCAGUCCCGAGAGGCUGCAGGACCUCAAGUCCACAGUGGACCUCCUCACCAGUAUCACCUUCUUCAGAAUGAAGGUCCAAGAGCUUCAGUCUCCACCCAGAGCCAGUCAAGUGGUGAAGGACUGUGUCAAAGCCUGCCUCAACUCCACCUACGAGUACAUCUUUAAUAACUGUCAUGAGCUGUACAGCCGCGAGUAUCAGACAGACCCGGCCAAACCGGGCGUCGUGCCUCCGGAGGAGCAGGGACCCUGCAUCAAAAAUCUGGAUUUUUGGUCCAAACUCAUCACACUUAUCGUCUCCAUUAUCGAGGAGGACAAGAACUCCUACACUCCCUGCCUAAACCAAUUUCCCCAGGAGCUCAACGUGGGUAAAAUCAGCGCUGAAGUGAUGUGGAACCUGUUUGCUCAGGAUAUGAAGUAUGCAAUGGAGGAACAUGAAAAAAAUCGCUUGUGCAAGAGUGCAGAUUACAUGAACCUGCACUUCAAGGUUAAGUGGCUGUACAACGAGUACUGCAAAGACCUGCCCUUCUUCAAGAGCAGAGUGCCUGAAUAUCCUGCGUGGUUUGAACCAUUUGUUAUUCAGUGGCUGGAUGAAAACGAGGAAGUGUCUCGGGACUUUCUGCACGGUGCUUUGGAGAGAGACAAAAAGGAUGGGUUCCAGGUCACAUCAGAACAUGCUCUGUUCUCCUGUUCGGUGGUGGAUGUGUUUUCCCAGCUCAACCAGAGCUUUGAGAUCAUCAGGAAGCUCGAGUGUCCUGAUCCGCAGAUCGUAGGACACUACAUGAAGCGAUUUGCUAAGACCAUCAGCAAUGUGCUUCUUUCCUAUGCUGAUAUCAUAUCCAAGUUGUUUGCCAACUAUGUCACCAUGGAGAAAGUGCCCUGCAUCCUGAUCAACAACAUCCAGCAGCUGAGAGUUCAGCUGGAGAAGAUGUUUGAAGCCAUGGGUGGAAAAGAUCUGUGUGUGGAGGCCAGCGACAUCCUGAAAGACCUGCAGAUUAAGCUCAACAAUGUCAUGGAUGAUCUCAGCAGGAUCUUUUCUGUCAGUUUCCAGCCUCACAUAGAGGAGAACGUGAAGCAGAUGGGAGACAUCUUGGCUCAGGUGAAGGGAACCUCAAAUGUGGGAAAUGCCAGCAGCGUUGCCCAGGAUGCUGACAACGUCCUGCAGCCCAUCAUGGAGUUCCUGGACAGCAACUUGACUUUGUUUGCUAAGAUCUGUGAGAAGACCGUGCUGAAACGUGUGUUGAAGGAGCUGUGGAAGCUGGUGAUGAACACCAUGGAGAAGACCAUCGUUCUGCCGCCGCUCACAGAUCAAACGAUGAUUGGGAGACUGAAGAAUGCGUCUCACAGUGAUGGCACUCAGCUCAUCUUUAAUGCUGCCAAGGAGCUGGGACAGCUGUCCAAGCUGAAGGAGCACAUGGUUCGAGAGGAGGCCAAAGCGCUCAGCCCGAAGCAGUGUGCUGUGAUAGAGCUGGCCCUGGACACCAUCAAGCAAUAUUUCCAUGCUGGUGGUGUGGGUCUGAAGAAGACUUUCCUGGAGAAGAGUCCUGACCUCCUGUCUCUCCACUACGCCCUGUCCCUCUACACGCAGGCGACAGACAAACUCAUUCGCACUUUUGUCCAGUCACAGAAUGCACAAGUGUUCGGCGGGAAGGGGGUGAGGUUCACCACUAGUGAGGAUGUUUACCCAGACAAGGGCUCUGGUGUGGACGAUGCCGUGGGAGAGGUGUCCAUCCAUGUGGAGAUUUUCACUCAUCCCAACACUGGAGAGCACAAGGUCACAGUGAAAGUUGUGGCUGCCAAUGACCUGAGGUGGCAGACUCAAGGAAUAUUCCGGCCCUUUGUGGAGGUGUAUAUCAUCGGCCCUCAUCUCAGCGAUAAGAAAAGGAAGUACGCCACCAAGUCGAAGAACAACAGUUGGGCUCCCAAAUACAACGAAACCUUCACUUUCACCCUGAGUAGCGAGGUGGGUCCUGAGUGCUACGAGCUACAGGUGUGUGUGAAGGACUACUGCUUUGCACGGGAGGACCGCACCGUGGGCAUGGCGGUCCUGCAGCUGAAGGACAUGGCCUCCAAAGGCAGCGUCGCCUGCUGGCUGCCGCUGGGCAAACGCAUCCACAUGGACGAGACGGGCCUCACCGUCCUGCGCAUCCUCUCCCAACGCAACAACGACGACGUGGCCAAGGAGUUCGUCAAGCUCAAGUCGGACCAGCGCUCUGCAGAGGAGGGCCGCAGCUAAGAGACACCACGGAAUUAAAAAAAAAAAAAAAAAAAAAAAAAAAAAGGACCCAUCUGAAGCUCAAUCAGACGCCUGUCACCUACUGCCCUGGAGCUCUCCUGAGCCACCGCUAGCCACUGCCCUGCUGAUCCAGUGUUGUAAAAGUCAACAGUCACCACACAUCCAGUGCUAUAAAUACAUUCAUUUCAGUCGAAAGUACACAAAUCAUCACUCAUUUUCUUCUUUAUUGUUGCAAAUACAAUUAGCCAUCCUUUGGAUGAACAAUACAUAGAGUUUAAUCAUGAAGCAUAUAUCUACUUUCCUCGGUCCGUAGAGGUGAGUCAUGCCAUUUCAUACACACACACACACACACCCCUCAUUUGACUGGUCGAGGUGAGAAAUAUCUUGUAGCCUUUAAUAUUUUUGGCUUCUUCUCGUCCCUUCCCUAGCUUGCACCUGCUCAGAGAAGGGAUGGCAAGUGCCAGCAGAUAAUCACUGAAAUAUGCCAAGACCAGCCCUAAGCACAACAGGACCAAGUGUCCAACUGACCCAUUAGCAACAGCAACAACGGCUGCAAGGCCUCAAAUAUUCCAGAUAUUGGGCGGGGGGGGGGGGGGAAACCACUAUUUAGUUAAGAUAAUUUAAAUAUUUAUUUACUGCUCUCUUCCAAAUUAUAUUUAUAUUUAAAUAAUUCUAUACAUCAUAAUAUAUGAAAGACAUAUAUGUAAAGAUAUAUACAGGAUUAUUCGAUGGACGUGUGGUCUUUGAAAGAUUGUCCUCGUCUGUCUUUUUGUCCAUCUACCCUGUAACAGAGCACACUGCCUGACACCCUUAAUGCCUUCUGUCUCGUUUACCCUCGUGCGUAUGUCUCCUAUAUAGCGACUGUAAAGAGAUUAAUCUGAUGAAAACACGCCCUCAAGCACUGUGGUUCAUCAGAGUAUACAGUAUGGGUGUGAAGAAUGUCCAGGUGUGAAUGCAUAACCUGCGUAUCGAGCACAUGUGGAGCUCAUAACGUGCGAGUGUGUUUGUAAGUUGUUCUAACGUUGACCUCAUGUAGCCGCCCGUGUUGCCUGUUACCUGCAAAUGUAAUCACAGAAAGCCAUCGUGAGCAAAGAACAUCACGCGGAGGGGGGUGUUCAUAUUCAGAUUUUGGAGGAUUUUCAAAGUGUCUUUUACUCCAGGGGAUUAAGCGUCCUAUAUGUCAUGUCGUGUUACUGUAAACAUUCCCAACAGCCCUCGACUGGGUGUGUGAGAGGUGCAUGAUAGGAGAGGAAGAAAAAACUUGACUGCCACUUCCUUUUCUUAAAAAAAAAACAAAAAACAAUUUGCCAAAUGAAAACCUGCAUGUAAUUACAUCAUAAAUACCUGAGAUCCUAUUUUGCAAAAGCAACAUGCGUUGAGGAAAAAGUGUUGAGGUGGGACAGCACAGAUCUUUAAUGAUCUAGCACCCACGAUUCUGCUGCAGGUGCUGUAACCUUGAUCUCUGAUACCGAGAAGCCAGGCCUCUGCUGCCAUUUAAAAGAGGGGCUACAGCUUGGUAGAGAUGCAGUGUGAACAUCUGGGAGCACAGGGUCUUUAACGCACCCACAAUAACACAUUUAUACUUUAUUUUUCAGUAAUAGUUUUGUUGAAUGGCAGGUAUUACACAUCAAGGCUUCAAAUCAUUCUACAGCUAAAUUCACUUCUUGAUUUCAUGUGAAACGAAAUGUUUUUAAUUGAUUAUUGCCUGUCCAGCAUGUCUCUUAAUUAAAGUUAUAUUUUUAUGAAUGCCCUUUUAAAAAACUAAAAAAGUUUGAUUGGUUUAUUUAUCUAUAAGAAGUAUGUAUGUUUGGAAAACAGUCCAAGUUUAAUGACGACAGGGUAUUUUGCUUGUUUUUUUUCUAUUCCUGCCUUUUUUUUAAGUUCCCCCCAAAAGCACUUGAUCGUAAAUGAAUAAUUUAACCGGCCCCCUCUUUUGAACAAGGUGUAAGAACUGAACUCUAUGCAUCUAAUCUAUACGAACCUAUGUAGAUGAGUCGUUUUCGAAGCAGUCUUAUAAUGUUUACAUUGUGGAUUAUCCUUAUAUCAGCACAAGUGUUUGUCUGAUAUGUUGUACAUGCUGUCUCUAUUGUAAUGGGCCAAAUAUCACAACGGUAGUCGAGCUGAUUAGAGACUGAAAUUUGUUUGUACAGCUUUUCAAUGCUGAGGAAACUAAUCUGAAACGGAGAGAUUGAUUAUUGUUGUUGUUGUUGGCCGUUGUAAAUAGCUCGGAUGUAACAAACACAUGUCAGCCUAUGUGAGUUGAAGUUUGCUGCUCUUUUGUAGACUUGAAUAUUUGCUCUGAGUGACUGAGUUGGGGAUUAUGUGUAUUGGUGCCCAAUCUGGAUAUGUAGCUAUUAUUGAACGAUAUAGGACGGCCUUGUACACACUGGAGAAGAAUAACAAGGACUUGGUAGAAAUCUGAUCAUUUUAUGGGUUUAAGAGCCGAAUAAAGACACAGAAAACUACCCACCUAAGUUAACUACAUCUAAACAUGUUGUCUUUCUCUAGUGUGUACACAUUUUUUCUAUUCGAGGGAACAUCGGCACAGUCUUUUAAUUACAGGUACUCAACUGUCACAUAGCUGGAAAUGCCACGAAAAAAAUCUUUAUUUAUUGCUGUUGACAAUGAUACUUCAGUCUCCUCCUCCAGAGGCUCAGUUUGCGUGUUUGGGUGUUGGAAUGCGCACGGGAAUGCGCACGGGAAUGCACACGGAAAUGAAGGACAAGGAUAAAUGUAGAAGCACAAUGAAAAGCACGCGGACAAAGAGCAGACAGACGUGCAUGAUCUGUUCUGUCUAGCUGACCGGGCCACACAGACAGACAGACAGACAGACCGCUGCACAGCGACGCCGGUCCUGUACUUCCAGAAAAGGUGCAUGAUGGGAACAAUAAAACAAAAAGAAAAAAUGUGUUGUGCCAGCACGCAGAAUUAUUUGAUGUUAAUUGCCAAUUGAUGUCUCCUUUUAUUUUGAUAUUUCAUUAUUGUUUUCUAUUUUUCAAAUGUUUGUGAAUAUAUAAAUAUGUAUUACUGAUGAUGUGUAGUGGUACAAAGUACUCGCAUGAGGAUUUUUUUAUACACGAGAUGUUUCUAAUUUUUUGCGUUUUUUUUAUUCUGGUUGUUCUUAUUGGGGGUUGAGGUGACUGGGACUGCAGUCUCAUUGUGUUUCUGCUUCCAAUAAAAUAUGAAAAGAAAAACACUUUCAUCUCAUUUCUUGUUCAUCAAACUGUACUGAGAUAUGGCUGGACCUUUGCUGUGCACAGA